AUGGCUUCAUCAAACGAAGAAUCAGUCAAGGCUGAAAUACUUGAGCCAACGGAUAAUCUAUUAUCGAAACGUUACAUUGGUUUAGAAAAGAAUGUUUGGGCUGAAUUUAUGACAUUGGCUGUGCAACAUAAAGCUGUUAAUCUUGGUCUAGGCUUCACAGAUUAUGAACCACCACAAUAUUUUCUGGACAUUUAUGAUGAAACAGUUCGGGAGCAUAAUGUAUUCUUACAUCAAUAUACUCGUGGAUUUGGCCACCGACGAUUAGUCGAAGCAAUAUCAAAUCUAUAUUCAUCAUUUUUCAACCGACAAAUCGAUCCAUUCAAUGAAAUUCUUGUAGUUGGCGGAGCCUAUGCAUCAUUAUUCAAUGCCAUUCAUGGUCUUAUUAAUACUGGUGAUGAAGUAAUUAUUAUUGAACCAUUUUUUGAUUGUUAUGAACCAAUGGUUCGUUCAGCUGGUGGAACUAUUCGACAUGUACCACUGCGGCCAAAAUCAGAGUCAACCAAGCAAAAUAUAUCAUCGAGUUCAGAUUGGAUGCUUGAUGAAAAUGAAUUAGACUCAAUGUUUAAUUCACAUACACGUCUCAUUAUAUUAAAUACGCCAAAUAAUCCUCUCGGAAAAGUAUUUACACUCGAAGAACUUAAACACAUUGCACAUUUAUGCCAGAAACACAAUGUUAUUUGCAUUUCAGAUGAGGUUUAUGAAUGGAUAACAUAUGAUAAUGAUAAAAAACAUAUUCGCAUAGCAACAUUACCUAAUAUGUGGCAAAGAACACUAACAGUAGGAAGUGCAGGUAAAACAUUCUCAUCAACAGGUCUCAAAUUAGGUUGGGCAAUUGGACCAAAAAGUCUGAUUCGUUUAUGUCAAAUUGUUCAUCAACAUUCAGUUUUCAUAUGUCCAACGUUAUCUCAAGAAGUUGUUGCACGUUGUUUUGAAUAUGAAUUAAAACGUUUAAAUUCUGCCGAAUGUUAUUUGAAUUCAGUAUCAAAUGAAUUUCUUGAAAAACAUAAUCAAUUUGCUGAAGUUUUAAAAGAAUGUGGAAUGAAACCAAUUGUGCCUGAUGGAGGAUAUUUUUUAUUGGCUGAUUUUUCUCAAUUCGCCAAUGAUGAUCGAUUUCAAUCAGAAGAAAAUAAUAAAAAAGAUUUUAAAUUUGUUCGAUAUUUAAUAAAAGAAAAACAACUUGCAGCGAUUCCUGCUUCAGUGUUUUAUACGAAAAAUCAUCAAUAUUUAGGAGAAAAUUAUAUUCGAUUUUGUUUUGCUAAAGUAAAUUGA